AGGCAUUUUUCGUCUUGUGCCGUUUGGAAAUUUUAAUAACACCCUUGCCAAUGAUUUUUAUGAUCUCCAGGGGAAACGAGUGUCAAAAAACUAGCCAAUCGCAGCAAUCUUUCUUCGCUGUGAUUUGUGGUGAUGGACAUUUUUUGGACACCACCGCUGAAAUUGAAAGGGAGAAUCAGAGAAUCAGAUCUAGAUCUAGAUCUAGAUUCUAGAUCUAUAUCUCUAGAUGUUGAAAGCAGUUUUUUUUCUCAUCAAUGCAUCUCAACGUUAGACUUGUGGUUGUGUCUGUGUAGCCUACUUGAACCCCACCCGAACAAGACGGAAUUGAAUGAUGACACACUUGUGACUGAGGCUGAAGUUGAAGUCUGGCUGAUUGUAUAAUCAGGAUAAAUCACAGGCUUAAAGAUGAGGGCUCAGUGCUGCAUUUGUGCUGAUUUAUUUGAGAAUUCAGCGACUGUGAACAUAGCUGCAGCCCCAUGUGGCCACACAUUCCACGAAGCAUGUCUGAUGCGCUGGAUGACAACUUCCUCUACCUGCCCCAGUUGUCGAACUCAUGUCAAGAAAAAUCAGAUUAUCAAACGUCUCUUUUUUGACAUCUGUGAGACCGAAGGAGAGGGACCUGAUGAAGACAUUUGCAGACUGACUAACCAAGUUGCCAAUGCAAAGGCUCAACUAGGUGAGGCUGAAAAAGAACGGGAUAUCUUGGCUGCACAAUUGUUUGAAUGUGAGCAAGAGAGGGCUGACCUGAAGAAAAAGCAUAACUCUGAGCGCAAUGUGGUGGAAGUUUUGCAGAGAGACUUUGCCUUACUGCAGAGGGAGAAUGCUGUGUAUGCAGAGGGCAUGAAGGACUACAAAAAGACACUGGAAAAGAUGGAGAAACUCAAGAACGUUGACACCAUACUGAAAGGUUGUGAUAGUGACAUCCAGGCGAUGAUCUCGCAGUAUUCAGAGGGUGGCGAUUCAUCGCUACGGCAACUCUGCAGCCUGGUAACUGUCAUGAAGCGCGAAUACACCCAGGCUUUGGCUGCCAAGAAGCAGCAAAGGGAAGAGAUCUCCAAAUUAAAGACAAUCAUAAGUCGUCGUCGAAAGCAAGAGGAGGACCUUCAAAAGAGCCUGGCUGAUGUAACGGCGAUGUUGGAUGAAUCAAACUCGUCCCUGAGCCAGAUGGAGAAGGAAAACAACCUGAAUCGGCGAAAGGUUUCGCACCUGAGAAAGGCCCUCCGUCAUAAGGUCACGGAUGGAAGCACCAGUUUCAUCCAAGCUUUGAAUGAUGAUAGUCCCAAUGUUGCAUACACACCCCCCAGACGCAUGGCCGUUUCUGCUGAACGUAACGACCAAGAAAACUCCCCAAUGCUAGCAGCUCCUGAAAUUCAAACUCCCUUCAGCCCUGAUUUGUUUGAUUCUCCCACUUCGGAAGACAAUUCAGAACCUCAAGGACUAAACCCAGACAGAGGAAGCCCCAAGUUGAAACUUUUUAAAGUCGCAACUGCUAGUGAAAAAUUCUUGGCUGCCAAGAAAGCUAAAACAGACACUGCAACCGACUGUGCACCUGCUGCUCCAAUGCUGAAUAUUUUGAAGAAGAAAUUGACAGGGCUGUCAAAUUCUCGUUCUCACGUUACGUCUGUCUCAAGGCGAGACUACGAUGGGUUUGGUGGCUCCACAACUUUUGUUCAACCCGUCGGCCCGCCUAAAAGUGCCUUGAUGAGAAUGGGACUGAAAAAAAAGACGAGUAAAAGUUCAAGGUUAAUGGCCACAAAACCUCUGGCAAAUCAGCUGAAACUUUCAAAUUGUUUAUAUAACGGAACUUUUCCGUCGUCUUCAACGUCUUCACAUACGACUUCAGCAAGUGGGGCUGAUGCCAAACAGAAACGUAGUCUUGAUGAUGAUGAUGAUGAUGUCCAGGUUGUUGAAAGGUCAGAAAAGCCUUGGAGAGCUCCAAUGUCUGUCAAAGUUAAGAAACCAAAGCCUUCUGCGACUUCUACCUCUUGUAAAAAUCCUCAAUUGACGAUGGACACUACAGGUUUUAUUGACCUUACGUAGUUCGUAUAAUUUCCUUUUGUUUUCAGGUGAUUUUUAGCCUUCCAUAUUCAAAGCCCUAUGCCAAUGUCCUUCAGAUGCUAUUUUUUGUUGGUUUAAGUAAUGAAAUGGGGACUUCGCUUUCUUUUUAAUGCCCCUAUAGGAGGAGCUUAGUGUAUGCCGUACACUAAACAAUUCCCUUUGCCAGGAUUGUGAGAAGUCGCAGAAAAAAUUAUGGGCUAUUUGCCAACUGCGGCUGUAUGAAGUGGUAGUCAUCCCAUGUCAUUGUGUUUGGCUAAGGCGGCAAGCAUUUACCUCUUUGCUAUUUGCUGACAAACUGUUCCUAAUUAUUGGCAAACACAGCAGUCUUUGAAGUUUGCUUAGUGUUAAUGUUAGUGACAUAGUACCUAAAUAUGGACUGGCAUGCAUUUUGUAGCAGUUAAGCGCUUUGAUGUCACAGGCAGAAGACUGGAGAUUGAUUUCCAUGUGGGGAUGUUUUUAUAUAGAGAAUCCUUGUGUGUCUGCUGGGGUGUUGUAUUCCUCUCAGCCCAGUUUGGCAUGGACAGGCAGGGUCAAAGCAGCCUGCCUUGUAAUCGAUCAAAGUUGUGUUGAUAGGGGUGUCAAACGUCUGCAGAUGUUUGUGUUACUGAAUAUGGGAGGAUGUAGUAAGCGUAAUAUCUGCCGAAUUUCAAAAUGGUCCAAAGGGUGUGCAGUGUGCCUGCACGCAUUCUUUGAAGUAUUUAAUUCUAAGCAUAGAUAAUAUGUAUAUUUGGAACUAUUAAUGUGUACAUAUUAUUAUUUGUGCCUUGUUUUUUGUUAAGUAAGUCUGUGUAUUGUUGCCAUAAUUUAUAUAUAUGUGAGUUAUCAUGAUGAAAUCAGGCGCUCGUCUAAACUAAAUUUAUAACGAAAUCAAAGAAACCGCCAUUUUUUUGGCAUUUGGGCAGUGUUGUUCAAAUUUUCUUUAUUUUUAGCUCAACACAUUUUAUGUCCAUUUAAAAACUUGCUUCUCUGUGGAUUUUGCUUAAAAAUGAUGGUCAAAGGCAUAAAAAAAUGUAAAUUUGUUGUUUUCAGUGACACUCAAACUUUGUAAGCCACCAAACGUUAGCGGCCAUUUUCUUGCUAAUUUUACCUCUGACAUUGUCUACUUCAAUCACAAAAAAUAUCUUGACUUCUGUACAAGACAGAUGAUUUGUGUCUGUGCCUGGCGAAAGGUACCAAAUGACGCAUUUUAAAGAAUUCCGGGUUUUUUUGUUGGCAUUUUCAUGUACAGAGAUCAUUUCUGUACAAUAUGCUUUUUAAUUUUUAAGAUACUUUUUGUAGUUUUUGAGAUAUGGGUGAUUUUGUAAGGCAGGGUAUGGAAACAAAGUUUUGAGAAAAACGGCUUUAAAGUUCCCCCUUUGUUUCUGCUUCAAAUAGACAGAUCUACGCUUUGAGACGACCUGACAACACAUUCGCUUCUCACAAACCAACUUUAAAAAGCAGUUAAGAUAAAAGAACAGCUUCAAAGUGUUUUUCUUCAAAACAAAUUCACCACCACCUUGUCCAAGAAUUUUCAAGAAAUAGAUCUAGGUUUGCGCAGGGCAGAAAUAGGCGAUACAAGUUUGCUCUCCUUAAAAUGAAAGGGUGUGGAUGUGCAAAGCUUCGCUUUGUUUACAUGUUCUAGAUAUUCAUGCGCACAACCUGGAUUAUUGUGGAACAGUCCC